UCGACCUACGCUGGUGUCAACUUUGGAUCUCUUCCGGUUCGAAGCUUCGUAAAGAGGAGGAGCGAACAGGAGGGAGAUCGCGAGAGAUGGCUCGUACCAAGCAAACUGCUCGCAAGUCAACUGGAGGGAAGGCUCCUAGGAAACAGCUUGCCACUAAGGCUGCUCGCAAAUCAGCCCCUACCACUGGUGGAGUGAAGAAGCCUCAUCGCUACCGUCCUGGGACUGUUGCUCUUCGUGAAAUUCGUAAGUAUCAGAAAAGCACAGAGCUUCUGAUAAGGAAGCUGCCAUUCCAGAGGCUUGUCAGGGAAAUUGCCCAGGAUUUCAAGACUGAUCUGCGCUUCCAGAGCCAUGCAGUGCUUGCUUUACAAGAGGCUGCCGAAGCCUAUUUGGUGGGUUUGUUUGAGGAUACCAAUUUGUGCGCCAUCCAUGCCAAGCGCGUGACCAUCAUGCCUAAGGACAUCCAGUUGGCUCGGAGGAUCCGAGGUGAAAGGGCUUGAGAGGGCUGUCUGCUAUGAAUAACUUUUGUUACGAGUAACAGAUGUGGGACUCCUAAUGCCUAUUUAGUUAUUGGAUACUGUGUGUGUAUGGGUUACAUGGUAUUCCGACUAUAAUGUUGCGUGGUUUGGUCAUGUGAUCGAUGGCCUAUAUGUUAUGCGUCAGUCUGUUAAUCUUUAGUUUAGCCGGGUGGUGAUGUUUGGAAUUCUAAUUUCAGAUGAUUUAGGAAUGUGUUUUGUGGUAAUAUUGUCAGAUGUUAGCUUUGUUACAGACAUACACAUUAUAUCAUAUUUCUCUCAGCCUUUCUUGUGGUUGCUGUUCA